AGCAUACUUACCUCGCGCAUAGUUACCAUGUCGUCCGCGUACGAUCCAGAGAAAAAAAUUUGGUCCGGCGUUAAGCUGCCGGGCCCGUUUAAUCCGCAGGCGAAUUUGGGUCAACUGAUCCUGAAUACACUGGAAAGAAAUCCGUCUAUGGUGGCUCAGGUCUGUGUGGAAUCCGGAGUGGAGUUAACAUGCGAGGAGAUACGACUCCGAGCCAUUCGAGCUGCACAGAAUCUGACCAAGCUGGGGUACAAGAAAGGUGACAUGAUUGGCUUUGCUGUGAGGAACCGAGAGAAUGUUGCGCCACUGGUUUACGGUUGCUUCCUAAUUGGAGCUCCGAUCAAUUGCAUUGAUCCGGAUUUUACGAUAAAUGACAUUGCGCACAUGUUUCGCAUCAGUAAACCGGUACUGGUGGUUGCCGAUAGAGAUAACGUGGAAACCGUGAAAAGUGCUUGUCGUGAUGCUGGAAUAAGCCCAAGGUUUUUAUUAGAUAGUGACGACUGUAAACAGGACGAUAUAUCUAUUUUGGAUGUAAUUAAGGAGACGGGAAGUGAACAGUAUUAUUUCCCUCAAUAUCUCGGUGACUCGGAGAAGCUUGUCGCAGCUAUUCUAUGCUCAUCCGGAACAACUGGAAUGCCGAAAGGAAUCUGUUUAUCACAUGCACAGCUCAUUCACCAGACUGCCAUGAUAUGCAACCUUCACUUGUACAAGAUUCCGUUCUCGUUCAGCUCUCUUUACUGGGCCUCCGGAUUUUUCCAGUUGAUUCAGUGCCCGUUUAACAGCGCCACGCAUUACAUAUCAACCCGUCGUUUCAGCCCUGAGGCAUUUUUCGAAAUCGUAGAGAAGCAAGCUCUCACAACCAUGUUUUGUCCCCCUGCGCAGAUGACGAUGAUCCUCCAAAGCCCUCUGUUGUCAAGAGCGAACUUGUCUAGUCUGAAGAGCAUUUUCAGUGGAGGGGGAUUUGUUUCAACUGGACUACGUAAGUCUUUUGAGAAAAUGGUUCCUUCGUGCACUGUUGGUGUAGGGUAUGGAACAUCUGAAAUCGGAUAUGUCUCUUCGGAUGGAUUUGGAGGAAAACCGCGGGAAGGAUCCGUUGGAACUUUGGCGCCAAACAUAGAAGCAAAGAUAUUGAAUGACGAUGGCAAUCAAGUGGGCGUCAAUGAGCAAGGAGUCCUCUGGUUUAGAUACCAAAUCAAACCAAUAGGCUACCUGUACAAUCAAGAAGCAACCGACGAAAUAAUGACCGAAGACGGAUGGGUGUGCAGUGGAGAUAUUGGGUACUUCGAUAAGGAUUGUUUCUUGUUCGUGGUGGACAGAAAGAAGGAAAUCAUCAAAUACAAAAACUACCAAAUAUCACCGGCAGAGAUUGAAGCCGUCAUUGAGCAACUUCCGGAAGUGGCCCACGUGUGCGUGGUGGGAUUGGUCGACUCGGUUCAGCACACUGACUUACCGACUGCAGUGGUUCAGCUUCGGCGCGACUGUACGCUAAGUGAGGCAAGUAUUGUCGACCUCGUAGCGGCAAAGUUAGCUGACUUCAAGCAUCUCCGCGGUGGGGUGUUUUUUGCGGAUGAAUUGCCAAUGACCAAAUCUGGUAAGCUUCAGAGGUACGAGAUACGAAAGUAUGCAGAGAAAAGAGCGGCAUCCAAUAGUGUCGGAAAUAGAGUGUCCGACACCGUGAAGCUUUUGGAAAAGUUUAUUUCUAGUAAUGGUAAAUAAAUGCUGGUUAAGCUAAACU